AUGAGUCUAGCGCGAGGCACCAGAUGGGUGGUGAACUUCACCAAGGGCAAGCAAACCCGAUUCAGCACAUUCCGAGGGUGGAGGAAAAAAGACAAAUAUGACGACCUGGAGAAUAAACACCUUUAUUGGUCCAUCAACAAUAUGAAAAAGGAAUUUCUGGAAGGAGAAACUGGUGACAAUUUUGUUCACUCCAUCGAGAAGGACAAAAUGGAAGAGCAUAUUUCAGACAUAGUGGGGAUUAACUCUUCCAUCCCGGAUAAUAGGGCAAUAAAUGAAGGUAUCGAUAAAUGUUUGCCAAUGGGACGAGGCAAAGGGGAGUAUAUUCCAAACGAUAAGUUGGAGAAAAUAGGUCAGAUUUUUAACCCAUCUCUAAAAAUGUUUGUAGAUAAAGAGGAGGGGGAAGAUGAUUUGUCCGUCAGUUCUCUUUUGAGAGGCUCCAAAAGUGGGAAGGGACAUUCCAGCGCUUCGGAAUUUCUGACCAAUUCUCCCCCAGAGGGAUCAAAAAAGGAUGCCACAAGUACGGCUCCAAUGUCUGAUGACUUUGAACCUAAUUGGGGAAGAAACAAUUUGGAGAUUAAAAGACCUAACUGCGGAAGAGGAGGGAGAAAUAAACAGAAGGAUGAAGUGGUGAACAGAGCCAAGGAGACGAUCAAUGAAGAGCAAUACAACUUCCCACGAAAUGACCAAAAUAAGGAGGACUCCAUUUUCAACUAUGAAAGCCUCAAGGGGAAGGGACUGUACCAAGACUUAACACAUGAUGAAUAUCAACGCAUGAAUGACUUGUAUAUUAAAAAGUGCGACGUGGACAGAAAAAUCAGGUGGUUCAAAAUGAGUAGCAUCCUUAACCCCAUUAAAGAAGCAAAGAGCAUUGUAAAUGCCCAACGGCUAAGUGAGGACGAAAAGGGAAGGAAAAGGAAGAAGAAUGGGGAGGAAGGGGAUGACAGUAUAAAUGCGGAAGAGUCAAUUACCCAACUGGGAAAUACAAAAGGGAUGGAGGAAUUUCCCAUAGAAGAAGACAUCAAACCGUAUUAUCAAGAGGAAGGAAACUUCUCUCAGAAAAUAAAAAGAAUAUGUGAGCAAAACCAGUAUGAUGAAAUCGUGUCGAGAAUUCGCAUGAAAAUCAGAAAAGAAAAAAUGGAAAAUUCAAAAAUAAUGAAAGAAAAAAUACCAAAUGUAGCUAGACAUAUCUUAGAUCCGAUAAAAUAUCAUGUAAAUAGAAGAAGAGUACGUACAGAAAAACUUCUACACACUCAUUUAGAGCAGUUACUCAAUUGUAACAAUGCGUAUUUCCGCUUUUAUUUACUAAACGGCUUGUCCAUUUCUAUUCACCACUUAGAAAUGAAGUCGACAAGAUCUUUAUGUAAAAUUGUGUAUACGUUAUUAAAUAAAAAUAUCCAUCACGACAUGAUCAAAGAUAAGCUAGACAAAGUGGCUUUCAUUUUGAGGAAGUUACUAGCGAGAAAACUUCAACUGGGAUAUACUCCGCCCUUGAAAUUUGUUCCUUUACAAGAGGAACACGAAAAGAAGCUGAAGAAUUUGCACUACUAUAAACUGUAUGCAAAAUAUAAUUACCCCGCUCUGGAGACUUCGAAUGCACGCGAGAGUGGCGCAAAGUUGAUGGAUUUUUAUGGUAAAGAUUUGGCCGGCUUCUGA